CCCCUGAGGACAGAGAGGCAAAGAUAUGCAGCAAAGGGAGAAAUACAGCUCACUUUUGAGUUUGGCUCAGUGUGGUUAAAUGCUGCAGAACUCAGUACUUCUGAAAGUUAAGAAUGAGUUACCUGGCUUUUAAACCCCUCUAACGUGAUGUUAUGUGAAGAGAAAUUGUGCUGUAUUCCUGUUGUCACAUUUGGGAAUAAGCUUUUCUGAGUUCCUGCGACCAAUUAUCUUUUUCUGGAAUGGGAGGUCCUCGGCUGAAGAUGUCUGGUGUGCUGGCUCUGCCUUUCAGCCACUGAUGAUGUUGGUCUCACCCUGAAACAGUGGUGUGUGGAACAGCAGUUUGGAUCAGCUGGAGGGAGAAGGGGAGUCUUUCUGAAAAUGUACACGCGCAGAGGAGUGGACAGUGACGUGUAUCAAAAAGAUGAGGGAAAAUGGGCACUGCUACGUAAUGUCAACCAAGUGUUCAAAUACCAGCACACAUUGCUUCCAGGGGACUAUGUCUGGUUGGAUCUGAAGACCGGCCGUGAAUUUGAAGUUCCAAUUGGAGCCGUGGUGAAGUUAUGCGACUCCGGGCAAAUUCAGGUUGUGGAUGAUGAAGGGAACGAGCACUGGAUCUCACCUCAGAAUGCCACCAAUAUUAAGCCCAUGCAUCCGACGUCCGUCCAUGGAGUGGAAGACAUGAUCCGACUGGGAGACCUAAAUGAAGCAGGAAUUCUACGUAACCUCCUCAUCCGUUACCGAGACCGCUUGAUCUAUACAAACUGUGGCAGUCGGACGUACACGGGCUCCAUCCUGGUGGCAGUGAAUCCCUAUCAACUGCUGCCCAUCUACACGGCCGAGCAAAUCCGGUACUACACCAACAGGAAGAUUGGGGAGAUGCCACCUCAUAUCUUCGCGAUUGCCGAUAACUGUUACUUCAACAUGCAACGGAAUGGCAAGGACCAGUGCUGUAUCAUAAGCGGAGAGUCUGGUGCUGGGAAAACGGAGAGCACAAAGCUGAUACUACAGUUCCUGGCAGCCAUCAGUGGCCAGCAUUCGUGGAUCGAGCAGCAAGUCCUUGAAGCGAAUCCCAUUCUAGAAGCCUUUGGGAAUGCUAAAACUAUCAGGAAUGAUAACUCCAGUCGUUUUGGGAAAUAUAUCGACAUCCACUUUAACAAGCGAGGGGCCAUCGAGGGAGCCAAGAUUGAACAAUAUCUACUGGAAAAGUCUCGCGUUUGUCGUCAGGCCGAUGGGGAGAGAAACUAUCACAUUUUCUACUGCAUGUUGAUGGGGAUGAGCCCUGACCAGAAGAAGAAACUGGGUCUGGGGAAGCCGACAGAUUACACCUACUUGACCAUGGGAAAGUGCACCUUCUGUGACGGCCGAGACGACAGCAAGGAGUACGCCAACAUUCGAUCUGCCAUGAAGGUCCUCAUGUUCACCGACACAGAGAACUGGGAGAUAAGCAAGCUGAUGGCUGCCAUCCUACACAUGGGCAACCUGGCCUAUGAGCCUCGAGUGUACGACAACCUGGAUUCGUGUGAGGUGGUCUACUCUGCCCAGCUGUUGACAGCUGCAGCUCUCCUUGAGGUUGAUUGCUUGGACCUUCAGAACUGCCUGACCAGCCGCACCAUUAUAACGAGGGGAGAGACGGUCUCCACUCCUCUCAACAUGGAGCAAGCUCUCGACGUCCGCGAUGCUUUUGUGAAGGGUAUCUACGGACGACUCUUUGUCUGGAUAGUGGAGAAGAUUAACGCGGCAAUUUACAAGCCUCCAUCCCGGGAGCCCAAGGUCGUGCGCCAGUCGAUCGGUUUACUAGAUAUCUUUGGGUUUGAAAACUUCCAUUCGAACAGCUUCGAGCAGCUCUGUAUAAACUUUGCCAAUGAGAACCUGCAGCAGUUCUUCGUCCGCCACGUGUUCAAACUGGAGCAGCAGGAGUACAACUUGGAGAACAUCAACUGGCAGCACAUAGAGUUCACCGACAACCAGGACGCUCUUGACAUGAUCGCACUCAAGCCCAUGAACAUAAUUUCCCUCAUCGAUGAGGAGAGCAAAUUCCCCAAGGGUACUGACUCGACAAUGCUGAAUAAACUGAACUCCCAGCACAAACUGAAUUCUUUCUACAUCCCUCCAAAGAACAACUAUGAAACCCAGUUUGGCAUCAGCCAUUUUGCCGGAAUUGUCUUCUACGAGACGAAAGGUUUUCUAGAGAAAAAUCGCGACACCCUUCAUGGAGACAUCAUUCAGCUGGUCCACUCCUCCAAGAAUAAGUUCAUCAAGCAGAUCUUUCAGGCUGAUGUAGCCAUGGGAGCAGAGACCAGGAAACGUUCGCCAACACUAAGCAGCCAGUUUAAGCGUUCGCUGGAACUGCUGAUGAGAACGCUCAGCGUCUGCCAGCCCUUCUUCGUACGUUGUAUCAAGCCCAAUGAGUACAAGAAAUCCAUGCUGUUCGACCGGGAGCUGUGUGUCCGCCAGCUGAGAUACUCUGGGAUGAUGGAGACCAUUCGGAUCCGGCGCGCGGGUUACCCCAUUCGCUACACCUUUGUGGAGUUUGUCGAUCGAUACAGAGUGCUAAUGCCCGGGGUCAAACCAGCAUACAAACAGAGUGACCUGCGUGGGACAUGCCAGCGAAUAGCAGAAGCCUUCCUGGGCCAGGAUGGUGACUGGCAGAUUGGAAAGACCAAGAUUUUCCUGAAGGAUCACCAUGACAUGAUGCUGGAGAUAGAGAGAGACAAGGCGAUCACAGGCAAGGUUAUCCUGAUCCAGAAAGUAGUUCGAGGAUUUAAAGACAGGUCAAAUUUUGUUAAAAUAAGAAAUGCAGUGAUGUUAAUUCAGAAAUAUUGGCGUGGAUAUCAGUGCCGGAAGAGCUUCAGUGCGAUGCGAGUCGGAUUCUCCAGGCUGCAGGCUCUGCAACGCUCUCGCAAGCUCUCCACGCAAUACCACUUCGCCCGCAAGCGGAUCAUCCUUUUCCAGGCUCGUUGCCGCGGCUACCUGGUGCGAAGGGCCUUCCGCCAUCGUUUCUGGGCCGUCGUCACCAUCCAGGCCUGCGUCCGUGGCAUGAUCGCGCGGAGGCUGUACAAACGGCUGAAGGGUGAGUACCGGCGGCGGCUGGAGGCGGAGAAGUUGCGGCUGGCUGAGGAGUUGCGGCUGAGCAAGGAGAUGAGCAGCAAGAAGGCCAAGGAGGAGGCAGAGCGGAAGCACCAGGAGCGCCUUGCUCAGUUGGCUCAGGAGGACGCGGUGCGGGAGAUGGAAGAGAAGAGGGAGGCUCGGCGGAAGAAGGAGAUGCUGGAACAGAUGGAGAAGGCUCGGAACGAGCCCGUGAACGACUCUGAGAUGGUGGACAAGAUGUUUGGGUUUCUGGGUACUCCCUCCAUGGUACCUGGGCAGGAAGGCAGAGCGCCAACUGGGUUUGAGGAUCUGGAGCGGGCCCCGAAAGCGCUGGAGGAAGAAGAUCUGGACGCCUGCCUCCCACUGCCGGAGGAGGAAGAGGAAGAUCUCUCGGAGUACAAGUUCGCCAAGUUUGCCGCCACGUACUUUCAGGGCACCACCACCCACACCUACAUCCGGAGGCCCCUCAAGAUGCCCCUGCUCUUUCAUGACGAUGAGGGCGAUCAGCUGGCAUCUCUGGCAGUUUGGAUCACCAUCUUGCGGUUCAUGGGUGACUUGCCGGAACCCAAGUAUCACACGGCCAUCAGCGACGGCAGCGAGAAGAUCCCGGUCAUGACCAAGAUCUACGAAACCCUCGGGAAGAAGACGUACAAACGGGAACUGCAGGCUUUGCAGAGUGAUGGCGAGGGCAUGCGUGCGGAUAAGAAGAACAGUGUGCGGCAUAAACUGGUCUCGUUGACUCUGAAGAAGAAAUCCAAGCUCACGGAAGAGGUGGCAAAGAGACUGAACGACGGGGACUACAGCCUCAGGGGGAACAGCAUGCUGGAAGACCGACCUACCUCUAACCUGGAGAAACUUCACUUCAUCAUCGGGAAUGGUAUUCUACGCCCUGAGCUCAGGGAUGAGAUUUACUGUCAGAUCUGUAAGCAGCUGAGCCAGAAUCCGUCCAAAAGCAGCCACGCCCGCGGCUGGAUCCUCAUGUGCCUCUGCGUCGGGUGCUUUGCUCCAUCUGAGAAAUUUGUGAAGUACCUGAGGAACUUCAUCAAUGGAGGCCCCCCUGGUUACGCUCCCUACUGCGAGGAGAGGAUGAGGAGGACGUUUGCCAAUGGCACUCGAACGCAGCCACCGAGCUGGCUGGAGCUGCAGGCCACCAAGUCGAAGAAGCCGAUCAUGUUGCCCAUCACCUUCAUGGACGGAACGACCAAGACCCUCCUGACCGACUCCGCGACAACAGCCAAAGAGCUGUGCAACGCUCUGGCGGACAAGAUAGGCCUGAAGGAUCGCUUUGGAUUUUCUCUGUACAUUGCUCUGUUUGACAAGGUCUCUUCGCUGGGCAGUGGGAAUGAUUACGUGAUGGACGCUGUGUCCCAGUGUGAGCAGUACGCGAAGGAGCAGGGGGCACAGGAGAGGAACGCACCCUGGCGCCUCUUCUUCCGCAAGGAGAUCUUUACGCCCUGGCACAACCCCUCCGAGGACCUGGUGGCGACGAACCUCAUCUACCAGCAGACUGUGAGAGGUGUCAAGUUUGGGGAGUACAGGUGUGAUAAGGAGGAGGACCUUGCUGAACUUGCUGCCCAGCAAUACUACGUGGACUAUGGCUCGGAGAUUGUUCUAGAACGGCUGAUGAGCUUAAUUCCGUCCUAUAUUCCCGACCGGGAAGUCACCUCUUCCAAAACGGUGGAGAAGUGGGCCCAGUACAUCAUUGCGGCUCACAAGAAGGGGGUGUACACUCAGAAGAGAAUCAACCCUCAGAAGGUGAAGGAAGAGGUCGUGGACUUUGCUCGAUUCAAAUGGCCUUUGCUGUUUUCGCGCUUCUAUGAGGCUUUCAAGUUCUCAGGACCAAGCCUGCCAAAGAACGACGUCAUUGUCGCGGUCAACUGGACUGGUGUCUACUUUGUCGAUGAGCAGGAGCAAGUCCUUCUGGAACUUUCCUUCCCAGAAAUCACUGCUGUUACCAGCAGCAGGGGUGGGAAAAUGCAGGGUCAGAGCUUCACCCUGGCAACCAUGAAAGGCGAUGAAUACACCUUCACCUCCAAUAACGCAGAGGACAUCCGUGAUCUGGUGGUGACGUUCCUUGAGGGGCUGAGGAUGAGGUCAAAGUUCGUUGUCGCUCUGCAGGACAACCCAAGCCCUGUUGGUGACGACCUGACCUUCCUCAGCUUCCUGAAGGGGGACCUCCUCAUCCUGGAUCAUGACACGGGCGAGCAAGUGAUGAACUGCGGCUGGGCUCAUGGCACCAACGAGAGGACCAAACAGAAGGGAGACUUCCCCACCGAAUGCGUCUACGUGUUGCCCACGGUUACCAAACCAGCGGCUGAGAUAGUGUGCCUGGUUACCAUGACGCCAGGUCAGAGACAAGAGGCCAUCAAGACAUCCCAACUGUCCAUAGGAGAGCCGGAGGAGAAGGUGAAACUCUAUACACUGGAGGAGUUCUCAUAUGACCAUUUCAGACCGCCUCCGAAACACACCCUGAGCCGAGUGAUGAUCACAAAGAACCGCGGGAAGGACAAGCUCUGGUCUUGUACUCGGGAGCCAAUUAAGCAGCCAUUACUGAAGAAGUUGCAGGGGAACGAGGAGCUGUCGCAGGAGUCCUGCCUCUGCUUUGUAGCUGUGAUGAAGUAUAUGGGAGACUAUCCCUCCAAACGAAUGCGCUUGGUGAACGAGCUGACAGACCAGAUAUUCGAAGGUGCCUUGAAGGGGGAGCUGAUGAAAGACGAGAUUUACUGCCAGAUUCUUAAGCAGCUGACUGACAACCAUGUGAAGUACAGUGAGGAGAAAGGAUGGGAGUUGCUCUGGUUGUGUACUGGGCUCUUCCCUCCGAACAAUGUCCUCCUGCCUCACGUCCAGAGGUUCCUCCAGUCCCGGAAAAGCCACAUGCUCGCCCCGGACUGCAUGUUCCGACUCCAGAAAGCCCUCCGCAAUGGCUCCCGGAAGUACCCACCCCACCUUGUGGAAGUGGAGGCGAUACAGCACAAAACUACCCAGAUAUACCACAAGGUCUACUUCCCCGAUGACACUGAUGAGGCCUUUGAGGUGGAGUCUAGCACCAAGGCCAAAGAUUUCUGCCAGAGCAUUUCCACCCGCUUGCUGCUGAAGUCUGCUGAUGGAUUCAGCUUAUUUGUCAAGAUCUCCGACAAGGUGAUCAGUGUGCCCGAAGGAGAUUUCUUCUUUGACUUUGUGCGUCACCUCACCGAAUGGAUCAAGAAAGCCCGGCCGGUGAAAGAUGGUGUCAUCCCUUCUCUGACCUACCAGGUCUUCUUCAUGAAGAAACUCUGGACGCACACGAUACCUGGCAAGGACCAUAUGGCUGACUCCAUCUUUCAUUACUAUCAGGAGCUACCGAAAUAUCUGCGAGGCUACCACAAGUGUUCCCGCGAUGAGGUACUGCAGUUGGCGGCACUCAUUUACCAGGUGAAGUUUGAAGAUGACAAAUCACAAUUCCCAAGCAUUCCCAAAAUGCUAAAGGAGCUGGUGCCACAGGAUGUGAUACGGCAACUCUCGCCGGAUGACUGGAAACGGUCCAUUGUGGCUUUCUAUAACAAGCAAGCAGGAAAAUCGAGGGAGGAGGCCAAGCUGUUGUUUCUGAAGCUGAUCUACAGAUGGCCUACAUUUGGAUCGGCCUUUUUUGAAGUCAAGCAAACUACUGAACCAAACUACCCAGAGAUCCUUCUCAUCGUCAUCAACAAGCAUGGAGUGAGCCUCAUUGAUCCAAAGACCAAGGACAUUCUCACCACCCAUCCGUUCACCAAGAUAUCCAACUGGAGCAGCGGUAACACCUACUUCCACAUCACCAUUGGUAACCUGGUGAGGGGCAGCAAGCUCCUGUGUGAAACGUCUCUGGGAUAUAAAAUGGACGACCUCCUGACUUCCUACAUUAGCCAGAUGUUGACCUCCAUGAACAAGGAGCGCAGCACGAAGAUCAGUAAAUGAACCUGUGGUGACCACUGGCUCUGGGCUUGCCAGGUGAUGCAGAUGCUGAGGCCCAUGGGCAAUCCUUGCAGCUGGAGAAAGACGUUCUCGACCCAGGUCUGGAGUAUGAGGAAAAGUCCUCUGCCUAGCUCUUCUGAUAGCAGCUCGAACUCUCCCUCAAGCGAGGAUGACUCUCUAUAAUGUGCAUGUGUGUGUGAGCAAGAGGAAGUAUCUUUCAAAUCCCUCACACAGACAAUAAGCCAAAAAAAAAGGAAAAUCGGGAUUCAUGAGCAGCCAUUCCAAAAAGAAACUCUGGGCCUACAAUGAUAGGCUUUUUGCAUAUUCCUCAGUGCACUUUUGAUCACACCCAAGUGUUAUUUUAAAUCCCAUUCUCUUCCACAGAAAUAUAGUGUUUGUGAGGGUGGUGUUUCUGUGGGCAUCAUGUCUCAUGGUCACAUGGCUAAAACUCUCACCUCAGCAGAUGUAUCAGGUCCAACUUUUCUGGGCCUUGGGACUUGCACUGCCUACAGUAAAAGCAGCUGAUGAAUAGUUCUGCUUCUGUUUACAAGUAUGAAUUUGUUUUAUUCUGACUCGUGUAAAAAAAAAAGUUUGCAAAAUGUUUUCUUCUUGUAAACUUUUUUUUUGUUUACCAUUUCUCCUCUAAAUCCCAGAGUGUUUGUUUUGUCGUCCCACCUCAUACGCGGAGUACUGAAAUGCAUACUUUUUUUCCCAUUGGAAUAUCUGGAUUUUGGCAGGAUGGAUCAAAAGCAACUUGAUUCCAUCCUGUCGAUGCUUACCUGGGCAUGGUGACUGUCAUGGGUAAUGGUCUGUCAAAACCAGCCACAGGGUAUUGCUGUCUUACCCUCUGGCAUGGACGUUAUUCCUAUACUAAUCACGGUCUUGGUCUCUCACCUUGGAGACAUUUCAAAAUAAAACCACCAGAUUUGAAGUUUGGAGUUCUUUUGACACUGUUUCCACUCAUUUCCUUUCUUUAAUAUCCCCACUUCCUUCAAAGCCUUUAAAACUGACAGAUCUUGUCCUUACAAUUAUUUUUGUCUUGUAAUUUAUUCACAAAACUGAGCCUGUCAGCCCCGUCCCUUGAAUGGAUACCAUGCCAAGAAUCCCACUGCUGAAACAUCCUGAGCUGUGGAAGAACUGCUCCUUAAAUCACUAUCCAUUCAUUUUUCCUUUUCCGCAGAGGCUGACUGACCAGUAGGGAAUUUCCAGAGUCUCGCCAGGUUUGACUUCAGAGCUAACGCAUUCUGUGCUGUGGGCUGGCAUUUCACACUCUCAACUCUGGUCAACAUUCAGUUGUGGCCCAUUCAUUCUCGCCUAUGAGGCGGGGAGGGGGAGAGACUGCACUGGAAAGGGUAGGGAUGCAUUAAGCUGGGUAAGGGACUGGAUGACUGAAAAUUGCUGAGCCAGGUAACAUCUAGGUGGCAAACAGAUCUGGAUAAAUGGCCAGGACAAGAGACAUUUGCAGUUCCAAUUAGGAGUGGGAAUCUCUUAUCAGAAUAGACUAUAGUAUCACUGAUUGAAGAUGGCUUCACGCCACCGGAUGAGGUUGCUAUGACACCUGGGAGUGCUUACCUGGCCUCUUGGCUCACGGCCAAUCAUUCUCUCCAGGCACCAAGCUCAAGUCUUGAACUGGUCAUUAGCAAAGUCCAGAUUCUAACACCCAUAAUUCCAUGUGGUGUGCUUUUCUCCCUUGGGGUGAGCAGGAACAGAUGUGAUUUCCACCCAACCAUGGCCCUCUCCAACUGGGUGAAGCCAGGGAUUAAAGUUGAACCACAAAACCUGUUGCGUUGAUGUAAUUUACCAGUCGCCCCCUUGACAUUCUACUUUCAGUGCAUUUAAGAUGCCCCUGUGUGUUUAGAAGAUAUUCUGUUUAUUUAUGUAUAACAUAUUGUUGGCAAUUUGUAUGUGAUUUUAGUUGGAGAUGACGUAGUCCCUGAGGUUCUGUAAUGAGAUUUUUUUCUCUUGUUUUGUUCAGUUCUGUGGAACAGGGUGUCAACCAGUCUGGUAAGCUGUCCUGUAAAUGCACGUUGAAAACUUUAUACUUGAAUUUCAAACUGCACUCUCCCAGAUUUUUUGCUCCAUUUUCACAUAUCACACUUUGACAUGUCCUUACCAGGCGUUGGUGGUUUUGUUCCUAUUGGAGAACUGAUUCUGAAACCAUCAAGCUUCCUCCCCUGCGGUCAAUAUGCCCCAUUCAGCGUGAGAAGACCUGUAAUGCCAGACAGUCGGCAAUGUACCCCGCCAAAGCAAGACACUAUCCGUGAGGUUGACCGGCUCCCAGAGUCGUAAUCCCAACCCAAACGUACCGAUACCUCAGGAUAACCAGCUGACCUGAGAUUACCGACUCACUGUGGAGUAGUACUUGUUUUCGGGUCAGAGUGCAGACACACUUGGGAAUUCCCAUGAAAUUUCUGUUCAUGAAAAUCCUGGUGCUAGGUCAUUCCAGAGUUGUGUGUGGAUGAUUUUCAGAUGAGUCCUUGGAAAGGGUUUUGGUCCGUUUUUUUCUUUGCCUUAUUGUUCCUAUUGUAUUCACCUCUGUAGAGAUACCUACAGGUUCAGAAGCAUGCUGUAAUCCGGUCCAUCUUCCCUGGAUUUCGGGGCUUUACUGUCAGUCAGCCACAACAGAAUGUUGGAUGUUGUCUUGUGGGUUCGAGUUCAACUCCUAAAUGGGUCAAGAUCAGGACUCAUCUCUUGGAGUGACAACACUGGCAUGAAAGCCCCAUGAUCCAGGAAGAUGGGCCAGAUUUCAGUUUGCUUGUGAACCUACAGGAAUCUUUAGAUGUGCCACCUCCCCAGGGAUUCCUAUAAGAUCAGGAGCAAGCUGGAAUCUAGCCCAUUUGGAUCUUGGGGCUUUAUUGCCAGGGUUAUCGGUCAAAGAGAUGAGUUCUGAUAUGACCCACGAGACGGUGUCCGAUGUUCUGCUUGUGUCCAUUGUCUUAGUCGUCCCUGGCCAUAUGGUGACCAUGUUGUGGAUCUGCCCCAUCCCGGAUGGGUGAAAGCAGGGAAAGGCUUGGGGUGGGUGCCCCCUCCAUCUGGAGGUGUAACCGCGAGAAUUGCUUCUAUCUACAUUAUCAUUGCGGCAACAGCUUAAACCAAGAGGUACUGCACCAUAUGCAGACCUCGCCCCUGGUGCAAGCAGAUAAUAGGGUCCACUGCCAGUGAAGCAGGAGGUCUUGUGGUGUUAAUUCUUCAACACAUGCAGGCUGCGCUAAACUUUUCGGCACAAAUUAUUUUAAUGUGGAAUUAUUGUUUUAGUCACUCCUGACCCAGUAAGCAAUGAAAAUACAGAUUUAGUGCAAAAGGGAUAGGAAUUGGAGGUGGAGUGGGGGAGUUAACAGUAAACAGUGACUAAAUCAAUCUGAAUCCCUCUCCUAUUAUGUGGAAGAUGUUCCCUGUACUUGGUGACAUUACAGCCAUCUAUUAGCUGUGAAGUCUUAAGCAAGUUGCACCAAUCUUUCCCUGAUCCCUGGAUGACAUCCAUGGGAAAAGUCAUGUCCCUCAAUAGGAAGCAGGUGAGAGCAGGGAAAGGCAAAUACUUCCACUCAUUUUGUUUAAUGAAGUUAUCAAAAUGUGCAAUGCUGUGUGUCUUUCUGUUAAUAAGAUUUUAUUGACCUGGUGGCUCCUUGUAUUGAACCAGAAGAAAAUGUCAGAUGGUAAAUCACCUAAGGAGAAUACAAUAUACCCUGACUAAUUUUCUCUGUUGCUAAUGUGGCUGUUCAUCAGAUCGAUUCCCAUUAAGGUGCCAUCCUUGGGGAGAUGGAUCACAGCCUGUGUUCGGUUUCAGACUCUGAUGGUCAUGAACUUGUACGUGUUCGUAGGAUGGAUCGUGUAUUGGAAUGUUUGUGUAGUAGACUCUAGAAAUUGUGCAUGGGUGGGGGGGGGGGAAGAGAGUGAUAUCUUUUUGCUGGGUGUAAUCUAUGGAACAUUCCAGCAAUGUUUCCUUGAGUACUUUGGAAGGCUGAAGAGUAGAUGACCUUGUUUGAAGUUUGUGCACUUUGGGGCGAUUCUCAACACGUGCAUGAUGCACAGUUACCCACAGCUGUGGGGUUUGUGAACGCAACCACUUUGGGGAGACACUGUUGCACCUCGGAAGGCUGAAGAGCAGAAAAUCUUGAUUAAGGUUUGUGCACUUUGAGGCAAUUCCCAAAACGUGCAAUAUACACAUUUACCGUAACUCGAGAUGCAUAGUUAUGCAACCCAGCUAAGAUGUGUGGACUGUGCAUCAUUUAGUAUCUCCCUUGUCCUUCUCCAACACACACAGUUCAAAGCAGCUCUUCAGAAACCUACUCUCUUCCACUGCAUUAGACUGCCGCUGAAUGUGAGCAAUAUUUGUAAAUAAUGUUAAUAAUGAAGAUAUGUAUUGUGAUAAUUUUUUAAGAAUAAAAGCUUUGUGUGGAUGCAUGUGCAUGGGUUUGUGAGCUGAAGAUGGUGUUUGCUUUCCAUUUGCCAUCCAGGGCUAGAGAAGUUGUGUGUCUAAUGGUCUGUCUGUGGUUUAUAUCUGUAUAAUUAAUGUUCCACUGUGUAAUAAAUAUUUCUCUGCACAUUAACUUCAGUCCUGCAUGUGUGUGUCAUCCACAAUUUGCAAUGAGUCUUGUUUUUGCCCAUUACUUGAAGUUGUCUUCUUAAGUCUAUCAACCCUACUGGCGCAUAAGCUGCCAACAGCAGCUUGCCAGAGUUUUCUGUCCUGGGCCAGGGCCAAUAGAAGUUUGUUCAGCCCUGUGGCUUUCAUCACACGACUUCAUGUGUCUUCUAGGCAAGGAUCCUUCCUCUCCCAGGAAUGAGGUCUUUGGACUUUCUGCUGGUGUUAUUGAAGUUCUGGGUUUUUACAGGAUGGGAUUACUAACCCCAUAUCCAACCCUCCUUUCACAGCCAGGCUCGGGAGUGACCACGGCAGGGCUUUUUUUAAAUUUACUUUGAGAUUGCAUUGACUUUAUCUAUACCCCUCAUAAUUUUGUUUACCUCUAUCAAAUCUCC